GGUCGGAGGCUUUUGCCGAGCCCCCCGCGUCCCUAGAGGGGCGCUGGAGACUGGAGAGGCAGCUAGGGGCGAUCCGGAAGUCAACACCAUGUCGAGUCUGCACAAGAGCCGAAUUGCAGAUUUCCAGGAUGUCCUGAAAGAGCCCACAAUUGCUUUGGAAAAGCUUCGAGAACUCAGUUUCAGUGGCAUCCCCUGUGAGGGUGGACUGCGGUGCCUCUGCUGGAAGAUUCUAUUGAAUUACCUCCCCUUGGAGAGAGCCUCAUGGACCUCCAUCCUGGCCAAGCAGAGGGAGCUCUAUGCUCAGUUCCUGAGGGAAAUGAUUAUCCAGCCUGGCAUUGCCAAGGCCAACAUGGGCAUGUCCAGGGAGGAUGUCACCUUUGAGGACCACCCCCUCAACCCCAACCCUGACAGCCGGUGGAACACUUACUUCAGGGACAAUGAGGUGCUGCUGCAGAUCGACAAAGAUGUGCGGAGAUUGUGCCCAGAUAUAUCCUUCUUCCAGAGGGCCACCGAGUACCCCUGCCUCCUCAUCCUGGACCCCCAGAAUGAGUUUGAGACCCUACGUAAGCGGGUGGAACAGACAACGCUGAAAUCCCAGACAGUGGCCCGGAACCGGAGUGGCGUCACAAAUAUGAGUUCCCCACACAAGAACACUACGCCCUCAUCCCUGAAUGAAUAUGAGGUGCUGCCCAAUGGCUGUGAGGCCCACUGGGAAGUGGUGGAACGGAUCCUGUUCAUCUACGCCAAGCUCAACCCUGGCAUCGCUUAUGUGCAGGGCAUGAAUGAGAUCGUGGGGCCUCUCUACUAUACUUUUGCCACUGACCCCAACAGCGAGUGGAAAGAGCAUGCUGAGGCGGAUACCUUUUUCUGCUUCACCAACCUUAUGGCUGAGAUCCGAGACAACUUCAUCAAGAGCCUAGAUGACUCACAAUGUGGCAUCACCUACAAGAUGGAAAAAGUGUACUCCACUUUGAAGGAUAAGGACGUGGAACUCUACCUGAAGCUGCAAGAGCAGAACAUCAAGCCCCAGUUCUUCGCCUUCCGCUGGCUGACACUGCUGCUCUCCCAGGAGUUCCUGCUGCCCGACGUCAUCCGCAUCUGGGACUCGCUCUUUGCUGACGAAAGCCGCUUUGACUUCCUCCUCCUUGUGUGCUGUGCCAUGCUCGUACUGAUCCGGGAGCAGUUGCUGGAAGGGGAUUUUACUAUUAACAUGCGGCUCCUGCAGGACUACCCCAUCUCCGACGUCUGCCACAUCCUACAGAAAGCCAAGGAACUUCAAGACUCAAAGUAACCUGGUGGCAAGAAGCCCAGGCUUGGGAGAGAAGCCACCCAUGCCCACCCAUGCUGGUGCCUUGGCCUCUGAGAUGCCAGAAGCCUGUAAGCUCCCAGCCCAAGUGGAAGCUGCAGGACCAUCAGCUCCAGCCUUCUUGCCCUGGCUCCCUCACCCUUGGCCACUCCCAUGAGGAGCACACUGUGCCAGGCUUCUUCCCCAUGCCCAAACCCUGGCUCCUUCCCUGCCCCUCAGCCCUGGACCCUUUGACCAGGCUGCUGAGCAAGGCUGCAUUUCAUGAAGUUGUUUCUGGGGACUGGGGCACAGAUAUGGGGUACACGGGACUGGCAUGGGGCCCUCCCUGCCUCUGCCUCCACUGCUCCUGCCCUCUCCUGCCCCAGUCUCCUGGGCUCUGGUUGGGUGAGGUGCUUGACAAAUGAGCCAGAAACCACUUCUGGGGGUUGGUGCUAAUCGUCUCCAUGGGGACGAUGACACUGUGAAGGAGCUAUAAGAGGCUACCAGGCCCAGUAACACCCUCUCUCUCUCCCCCGGGAGUGUCUCUCUGUAGGUGUGUGUCUGUCUGUCUGUCUGUCUUCAUUUCCUGAGAAUCUGCUUCUGAGUGUGUGUGUGAGAGAGGAGUUUUGAUCCCUCCAGGUCUGUGUUUCUCCUUUCUACCUGUCUGUCUCCCCCUCUUUUUCCCUCCACCUCUUUCACAGUGUGUGUGACUCACUUUUGUCUGCUCUCUCUCUCUGCCCUUCAACCCUUCUCUUUUGGGGUGCCUUAUCCCCAGCUUCUUCCCCUUUCCAUCCUACUUCUGCUUCCUGAAUCCCAGAGACAGAGGAGUUUGGUCUAGUUAAAGCUCCAGGUGGUCAGCUGUGACCUUUGUAUCCUAUCCUCAGGCACCAGUCCCCUUGUCCCCCAGACUGGGAGUCCACUGUGCCUCACUGGAGGCCCCUGCACCUGCUUCCAACAAAUCACAGAAACCAAAAGCUGCUGAGAAACAGUGGCUAAUGGAAGCCCUCCCCCACCCAGGCCCAUCUCCCAAAGGAAGAAGAUAUGAGACAGUGCCGAGCUGGGGCCAUAGGAGUACAGGUGGCUUCCUGGCCCAGGUAGGGCUAAGCUCUCUGGAUCUGUCAGUGCUGGGAGAGGGCAUCUCCUGCACUGACUGAAGACAGCGCUGGCCCCUCUGGUUGCUGCUUGCACUGGCCCCAGGAAUGGGUGCAGGCACCCUCCUGGCAGGAGAGGCAGACUACUCUCGCUGCUGGGCUGCUGAAGCUUGGGCUUAUCUCCACUACGCCCCCUUCCUUUUCUGAGGAGGUGUGUGGCUUGGGUCUGGAAGGCUGGCUAAUGUUUCAAGGGUCCUCCUCCCCUCCCCAAACUAGCUGGCAGGAUACAGCCCUCUUGGCCCCGAGUCUGGCAGUCAGGACCUCCUGCUGCCCAUACAGGUGCUGCUGUGGACAGGAACGGCUUCCCCAAGUGCUGCCCCUUUACCAGGCUGUACCUGGAAGUGGCUGGGCUUUAUAUACUUGCCUUUUUGCCUCCUCUCCUAGCACACAGUAUUUGGAGGAUUUUUUUUAUUUAUUUAGAUAAUUUUAUUUAUUACAGAUUGGCAAGUGCUUAGUUAGUUUGGGAAGGGACAUAGAAAGGAGUUGGGCAGUUCUGACUUCCCUGAAUAGUCAAUAACUUCCCCUGCGGCUCUGUUAUCUCCAGUUUCUAGCAAGUGCUGGUUGAGAGGGCUGUUUCCUAUGACGGUGUCAGGAUGAUGAGAGCUGGGAUCUAACAGAUUUCCUGAGAGCCCUGUAUUGGGACUGAGACACAUGGCUUCCCAUCAGCCCUGCCCACCUUCUCCCCAGAACUAGUCAGUUGAUGGUUCUGUCCCAACAUUGACCCUUUCACAGCCUGAGGUGUGAACCGCCACCUAGGACCCAGCAGACACUGCCCAGAUGAUAUCUGAUGCAUUUCCCCUCGCCUGUCCCCCCUGCCUGCCAUUUUGGGGCCAUAUUACUUGAAUCAUUGCAUCUAAUUUGCUUCAGUGACAGACCUGGGUCCAAUGCCCUUUCCUGACCUUGGAGUGAAGGUCAAGUGCACAGGGACCAUAACCAGGUUAGACUGAGCUCCCCAGGGGUAUAUUGCCUGAGAAAAGGGUUUACCCUGGAUUCCCCUCCCCAGACUCAAGGGAAGUUCCCUGGGUAUCUGAGGCUUCAGAAAUUGCCCUGGGACUUUUGGACUCAUAAUGCAUUUAUAAGGUCUCACUCCAGAGGGUCAGAGUGUUAAGUCUGCCUGUUUCUCCAUCUGUUUUGUCUAUUGAAUCAAUACCAUUGGCAAGUGGUCUUUUAAUAAAUCAUGUGUUGUUUGCAGUGGG